CUCCUCGCUCUCCCACGCACCCUCAAGCUGGCGUCUCGAUUCGCAGCUACCACCACCACCCUCACUCGCACCAUGGCCGACCACGCAAAGAACAUCGCCCGCUGCAAGCGCUUGAUUCCGCCUUUGUCGCCAGAGCUUCACAAGGGCCAGGCAGGCAGGGUCGGCGUCGUCGGUGGCAGCAAAGACUACUCGGGCGCGCCUUACUUUGCCAGCAUGACUACCUUGCGCAUCGGAGCGGACCUCGCCCAUGUCAUCUGCGAGCCUGCUGCUGGUUCCAUCAUCAAGACCUACUCGCCCGACCUCAUCGUCCACACCGACCUCAACGACAAGCUCUCGGAGGAGGAGAUCACCGAGGUGUUCAAGGGCAUCCUUCCUCGCCUGCACACGCUCGUCAUCGGUCCCGGCCUCGGCCGCGACAAGCACAUGCAGCUCGCCGCCCGGAUCGCCAUCAAGCUCGCGCGCGAGAACGACCUGUACCUCGUGCUCGACGCCGACGCCCUGUUCCUCGUCCAGAGCGACCCGAGUGUCGUCAAGGGCUAUAAGCGCGCCGUGUUGACCCCCAACGUCGUCGAGUUCCAGAGGCUCGCCGAGGCUUGCCAUAUCGACCCGUCGCUCGACCCGAGCGAGCUUGCCGGCGCCCUCGCCCGAGCGCUCGACGGCCCGACGCUCGUCCAGAAGGGGCGCGCCGACCGCAUCACGAACGGGCACGAGACGCUCGUCAGCGAGGUGACGGGCUCGUCGAGGCGAUGCGGCGGCCAGGGUGACGUGCUCAGUGGCGCCGUCGGGACGUUCCUCGCGUGGGGCAAGAACUACGAGGAGCGCGACGCCAAGAACGACGCGGACCCGAUCAAGCCGCACGAGAUCACGCUCCUCGCGGCGUACGCCGCGUCGUCGCUCACCCGGACGGCGUCGCGCCUCACGUUCGCCAAGCACAAGCGCGCGAUGCAGACGGGCGAGAUGCUCGGCUUUGUCGGCGAGGCCUUCGAGGACGUGUUUGGCGCCGAUGCGACGGCCGACGAAGGCGCGAGCACGACGGGCGUCGUCGACAAGCUCGUGACGGCCAUCAAGGGGAGCCUGUGAGCGAGGGGAGGGGCGCCUUCUAGACGAGUGUGCCGCACUGCACGUACAUAUGCUGUCCCUC